AUGUCUCAUCAACCACUCAAUGGCAAGCUUGCCAUUGUUUCCGGCUCUUCUAGAGGCAUCGGCGCCGCCAUCGCCGAGAACCUCGCCUCCAAAGGGUGCAACCUCAUCCUCAACUACACCACCCCUUCCUCCGCCUCCUUAACCUCCGAGCUCUCCAACCGUCUCAACACGACCUACUCCAUCUCCUCCGUGCCCGUUCAAGCCGAUAUCGGCACCCUCGAAGGUCCCCAAGCCAUCAUCGCCGCCGCGAAGUCCGCCUUCUCCAAGACCGAUGGCUCCCUCCAAGUUGACAUCAUCAUCAACAACGCCGGCAUUGCCCGCAACGACAACAUCCCCGACGUCAAGGUAGAUGACUUCACAGAAACCUACCGCGUCAACGUUCUCGGACCUCUACUGCUCGUCCAGGCCGCCCAGCCUUACCUUCCCAAGGACCGCUCGGGCCGCAUCGUCAACAUCUCCUCCGUUUCUUCGUCGACCGGCUUCGUAGGCCAGUCCGUCUACGGCGGCUCCAAGGCCGCCAUCGAGGCCAUGACCCGCACCUGGAGCCGCGAGCUGGCUGAGAACUGCACUGUCAACGCGGUCAACCCCGGCCCUGUGGAGGGACCCAUGUACGCGUCCAACUCAGAAGAGUUCCUGGAGGGCAUUGAGGGGUGGAUCAAGCACACGCCGUUGAUGAAGGCGAGAGAGGAUCUGCAUGGUAAGGAGGCUGUUAAGGAGGCGAAGCAGUGGCAUGGUAGACUGGCGAAGACAACGGAGAUUGCGGGCGUGGUGGGCAUGUUGUGUGGUGAGGAGGCCGGGUGGUGCACGGGACAGGUUGUUUGUGCUAAUGGUGGGAUGUUGAUGUUGCAUUAA